CACACCACAGGAGCAGCAGAGCUGUCCUAACUCAGAGGAGUAUGUUCACGUUACGGCCAACAUGAAGCAAAGAUCAAGACCAUAGAACACAGAGGACUUUCUACUGCUACAUUGAGAAAAGCGCAGCCCGGAUCCUGUUGUGCGCUAAUUAAAUCCGCCACAGCCAACUGGCGUCCUCCUCUGGUUGACCACAGACUAGUGGCCUGGGCGGGACGGUGUCCUCGCCUGCCUCCUCAUGGUCCACAAGGCGGGGCGCGGUGUGGGGCGAGCACACACACACAGUGCCAACCGGGGUCGCGCUCUCCCUCACACAGAUGGCGCUUCGCAGUAAGCUGGUUUUUGGCGUCUUGACCAUCGGCUCCUUGUUGUUUAUCUACAUCCUGUGUGUAAACCUGGACAGCCGUCUGGCGAGGACCACGGUGAAACAGCUCGACAGCUUGAAACGGUUGUUGAGCAGGGGGUCACAAGACUCUAAGGACCCUUUUGAUGGAGAGAGCAGUUCCCAGUGGAGCAGCCUGCCCCCUGCCUCCAGCUCUGGGCCAGAGCUCUCCUCUGGAGGUCUGGGUGGACACACACACACCAUACUGGUGCCGACCUUAAAGACUCGAACAUCUCCAGAUGCUGAACAGCAACAACCAGCAAAGCACAAAGUCUUGGAUGUCUCACAGUCCAGUUCCACAUCUGGUGGUGGUGGUACAACCAGGACCAGUACCAGAGGCCCCACUCUGAAACCUCGGAGGCCCACACCAGCAGUCAGAACUACGGAGCCUCCCUUCAUCGGAGACACUUACAUGAUUGAAAACAACUCUACACAAACCGACUGCACAGAAGGUAUCCGAAGUCUGGUUGCAGAAUCUGGAUUUGCUAGGCUGUUUCUGAGCAGUAUUCCAGUCCUGCAAUGGGCCAAACAUGCGACUUCUGAAGAGCACCAGCGUCUGAGCAGGUAUCCAGCGCCACAUGGCUGGGGGAUCGAUUACAACACUCUGGUGAACACACUCUCUGUCCUCAACUCCUCUGCUAAUGGGCAGAUGUUCGACGACUGGAGGGUUCGCAACAGUAAAUCCAAGUGUAUCCGCUGUGCUGUGGUGGGGAAUGGUGGCAUACUGAAGGAUUCAAAGAAGGGGGAGGAGAUCGACAGACAUCACUACGUCUUCAGGACCAAUGGGGCGAUCAUAAAGGGCUUUGAGCAGGACGUGGGGUCCCGGACCACCCACUACACCUUCUCCACCAACACGUUGAUGAACUCCAUGAUGAGUUAUGCACGAGACGGGUACAGAGGACCCCCUGUGUCCAAUGAAACGCGAUACGUUUUCCUGCCCGAUCAAGACCGUGAUUACCUGCUGAUAAAGGCGGCAGCCACACACACUCCAGUAGAGAGGGGGCCCGAGCGCACCAAGGAUCCAUCCAAGUACUUUGGAAAGGAUGUGUCAAAAGAAAAGCUCAAGAUAUUCCACCCCGAUUUCAUCCGUUACCUCAGAAACAGAUUCCUACGAUCUUCUGUUCUGAAAACCAAAUAUAAGGACAUUUACCGUCCGACAACAGGUGGUGUGAUGCUGUUGGCUGCACUGCACACUUGCGACGAGGUGAGUGCAUAUGGCUUCAUAACCCCAGACUAUAGGAAGUACUCUGACCACUACUACGACCACAGCUACCACCCACUGAGCUUCUUCGUCAACCAUGACAUGCUUCUGGAAAUGGACCUGUGGCAGAAGCUGCACAAAGCCGGCCUUAUACGACUGUACAUGCACAAGUGAGUUCAGGUCGACCAGAAGGGACACCAUCCUGUCUGCACACAAACUAACUGCGUGAUCAGGAUGAGAGGGGAAGUCCCAACUCUGCCUGCCUGGUCUCGCAUUGACUGUUCACGACUCCCUGAAAAUAAAAAAGCAGCUUUAUUUUCAUGAAGGUCUUUUUUUUUUUUUUUUUUUUUAAAUAAACGACAGCAUCUGUGAUAGAUCAGGAAGUUCAACAAAAGUAUUAAAAAUAUUUCAGCAUCCCACAAAGUAUGGUUUUGGUGAUAUGUCGAUCAUAACAUCUCCAGGUAACCAGGGUGAAAUGAGGCUUACUGACACAUACAUGUGGGCACUGGCUGUGACACCAGUCUACCUUCUUUUGGACUUCAUGGAGGAUUUAAAAUAUCCACUAGGGGGGCAGAUUGGGCCUAAUCGUCCCCAGUUAAAAAAUGGAAAUCACCUGCUUUUUUUUU